UGUGUUUUCACGAAUACUUCAUUCCACCGCAAUUCGUCCUAGGGUUAACAUCCUAUCAAAAUCGGUCGAGUGCCAGUGACAUUGAAGUGAAAGCCGGCGUUUUCCCAUCAACUCCCUAGCUCGGAUUCGGAAAGAAGUCAACAUUUGAAAAAUAUAAAAUUAAAAAUAAAAGACUGUUUGUUUUGAAAAGGUGAUAACCGUAGCGUGAGCGCGAAGCGUAUCGAUCGUUAUCGGCGCUCUCUGUGUUUCGCCGUCCACACUCGCUACGAAGACGUUCAGCCGAGGGACAUUUCGUCGCCGAGAUGGCGUUCAUGAUGCCGGUAGUGAAGAACGACUGGGACAUCUACAACUCCCAGCGCUCGCGGCGGACUUCGGAGUCCGCGGAGAAGAGCAUCGGGCGGGUGCGGAAGGUGUCGGAGUCUCGGUCGGAGGGGCCAGCUUUGGGGGCCAUGGGGGCCCGAGGGGCGCUGAGCCCGCACCGCAGUGCGCCCGCUAUGCGUUCGCUGUCUUACUGCCGCGCGCCGCCGUCUCGCGCGUCGUUGCGCGUCGACAGCCCCAAGAGCUCGGCUAACGUGGCGCCGCAGAAGGACUCGGACAAGUUUCACAGCAGGUUGGUGGAGAAGCUGAAGCGGGCGCUGGGCCGCGACGGGCGCCGGGACGAGCGCAGUUCAUGAGCGUGCUUGUGUGCAGGCGGUGCCGCGCCGAGUCCCCGGAGCGAUCGCGCUGCGCCGGCUGCGUGCCGUACUUGUGAGCGCGGCGCCGGCGGCGGCUCCGGCGGCGGUUCCGGCGGCGCCGACUCGCCCGCCGGCCGCGCCCGCCGACACACCAUCUGUGAUAUCUACCCCCUCGCGAGAGAUGAGUACUCGAGUGGACACUAACAGCAUGACUUUGUCAGCGCUAGGUUGUAUGAAUGAAGACUGAGUUAGGCCGGUGACGGCGGUUUGCGUUCGGUAUCUGUGAUUCGUUACUUGUAAGCUGUUAUUUAUUAAUGUUCAUUUGACGCGGAAGCGUUAUCGCACCUGGCAUACAAAUUCCGUAGACUCGUCUAGGACAGGAUUUAGUUUUAGUUUCAUUGCAUAUGUUUUGGAAACUGUCGAUAGUUUGUUUGUAGGAACGAGUUGUAGUCGGCGUUAGGCAGUGAUAGUAUGUAAUAUACGUUAGGUUAUCGUUCGGGGUCUGGCUCCAUAUCGUAUAUGAUAUCUUUUUGUUACGAAUAUUGCAUGAUUCUAUGAUGUUUACGCUGUUUUGACUGUGUAUAUGGACCAGCUUUACUAAGUAUAGUAUUAUAUUAGUAUUAUGUCAGUGAAACUGAACCAAAAUUGAUGAUUCUAGUGAUGCUUGGCGCCCCGGCGCAAGUAUGUAAUUCUAAAAGUAGGCAUAUCUCCACGAGAUUUGACCAAAUGUUAUAAAUUAUUUCAGUAGUUUUUUAUUUGCUCGAUGUUCCUUUGUAAGUUAUUGAUAAUAUACUGUAAUUAACUAUACACUGUCGUAGUAUUGAUCGUUCAUAAUAAACGUUUUCUGUAAAGCAAGCGAACUUACAUAUUGUGUCUAAGUCUGGUGUAACUGUAUUUUACUGUUUUGCAUGUAUUCAAAAGUUGUCUGAUCUGAUUUUAUAUGUGAUUG